GUGCCCAUUCCAGAUCAUCUGGCGGUGGCAGACUCCAGAUGUUUAUUCUGUGCUUCGCGCCAGCUCCGCGCAGUCUUAUCCUCCUCUGUAUGCAUUCGUUUGAAAUUUGAAGUACCCGAGCCCUUGGCGCGGGCCGGCACAGCCGCCGUGGUGCAGCGCCGGGUGCAGAGAGCCCGCAUCAGAGUGCUGCAGGCUCCGGUGAGCGGGCCUCUGCCGAUAUAUUGUCGGUGCCCGUUGCGUGAGACACCCUUGGAGAAGGUGUCGCUUUUCCGGCUCCUGCUAAAGCUUGCGCCGAUGAUCAAGUGGGACGAAUGCGAACAGAUUCAGUGCGUGUGCCACACGGCGAACGUGGAUUUCCUUGAAUUACCAUUGCGAACAUGCACGACAAAGCUGCAUGGCUGCAUGCCUUGGGUUUUGCUGGAAAGGGCCGAGCAGCUCUCCGAUGUUGUGGCUAUAGAGAUGAAACUGCAGCAGAUCUGUGGAUUCCCGCCAGGGCUGACGCUCCCGAAAGUCACCAGAGUCAAAGUAUUCUGCUGGGAGCCUGCAGCGGCGCUAUCUGAAAACGCCUUCUGCGAGAUUUACAGACUUUUUCCGAACCUUGAGCGGCUACAUCUGGAUAUGCUCCCAAGCCUGCUGCCUCCACUGUGCCUCUCGAAAUUUGUGGCCCUGCCUGAUUUUCGCAUCAGCUUCCACGAAGUUCCAGGCACGGCACAUGGAGAAGGGGUGGAGGGUAGCUACUUUCUUGCCGCCAACCUGCUGACGAUGCCCUUCGCCGGCGAAGGAGGCAUCUUCCAAAGGCUCGUUCGCCUCCAGAUGGAUGCUCUCGCCGGAUUGUCCGGAGGUGCACUCCUGCACAUGGCCACGGCCCUGCGCGGGGCACCCGCCUUGAGGCGCCUGGGUACGAUCUCGGCACCGAUGCUUCGUUUGCUGGAUCCCGCGAGCGAAGCUUUUCAGCUGGAGGAGGUGGUAAUUGCCAUGGGUCUGGAGGAUUCCCUCGGCCUCUUUACCUUCAUGCUGCCACUGACCCAGUUGGAGAAGAGAUGCAGUAUCCGGAGGUUGGGCAUACACUUGCAAGCUCCGGAUGCCCUGAUCAAGCCACCAGAGGAAGUGGAGAACUUCCUGUGUGCCGGCUUCUACAGCUUGGCCAAGGACUGUCUCGCACCGGACGCGUUCUUGAACUUCUCGCAAAGCCAGGAGCAGCUUGUCGAGACGGUUAUUUUCCAGCUUCCCUACCUGGACGAGCACUUUUUCAGUCUGGACAUGGCCAACUAUGGUCCAGAUAAGGUGGCAGGCACUACCCCACUGGAUCAGCCAAUGAGAAAGACGGAGGCCCUGGCAGAACUCCGGCCGAUGGGCACGCUCAUCUCGGGCCCUCUCGACGGAGUUUCGGACGUGGCAUUUCGGAUCCUGGAGGAGUCCGUGUGGUUCAUGGCUUUGUUGGUUGUGGACAUGCCUCGCGUUCCUUUCAAAUUUCAACCUCACGGCCCUCAUCCCCAAUUUCUGCUCCCGGCAUCGUAG